AUGCGGAUUCUUUGCCUUCACGGAAGGGGCUCAAAUAACGACAUUUUCAAGAUGCAGACUGCUGGGAUUCGAUCAUUGCUGGAUGACUAUGAAUUUGAUUUUGUCCAAGGCCAAAUGCCCCACGUAGAAGGAAACUGGUCCCUCCAUACGACCGACUUUGCGAAGUCCAAACUUUGGGGUUACUUCAAUUUGCUCGAUCUACAGGACGUGGAGGAUGUCGAGCGUCAGCUGCUACAACUCGCGAUCGAAGAUGGCCCUUAUGACGGAAUACUGGGCUAUUCGCAAGGUGCGACUCUCGCUGCGCAAACUAUUAUCCGACACAACCAAGAGCAUCCAGAAGCACCGAUACAAGAUAUGCCUUUCCGAUUUGCAAUCUUCUUUAAUGGCGCAACUCCAAGUAAGGUUUUUGAAAUGUCCGAAACCCCGAUUCCUGUCUCUGUGGAAUCUGUGGCAAACGAACCGGAGGCAAUGCAUUUCCUCAGCCAGAUGAAAGCCAACCCGCUUCUCCAUACCACCAAGCUCUUUCCAGCGAAACUGCCCAACGGACGCCCAAUCCUUACCGACUCUAAGCAGGGCAUGCUAAAGUGCAAUGCUGCCCUUGACGGCACGCUGAUCAAUAUUCCAACAUUGCACGUGCGGUGUCCUGGAGAUAGAGAGGAAUACGGGCAUGAGUUGUAUAAAUUGUGCGAACCUCAGCUAGCACAGCAAUACUUUCAUGAACAUGAGCACGACUUCCCAAGAGGUUACGACGAGAUGAGAAACAUAGCAAGAUUAAUUAGAUCUACAGCAGAGCUUUCCAUUUGAGGCUGAGGUCAUAGAAAGAGGGCUUGGAUUUCAGAGAUUUCCUCUGAGAAACUUCAGCCCUCGCCCUGAUUAGCUGCGUAGGGCGUGGAGUGAUAUAUGAUUUUGACGCCACUUCAUCUCUUAUCCAUCUACUUCAGCCACUACCUGAUAGGAAUAUCCCUAAAGUGGGAUUACUACUCAACCGUGAAUCUAAG